UUAUAGAAAAAUUAAAUGCGUGCUCUUAAUAAUUGCUUGUUAAUUAAUUCUACUUUCAUAAAGAGGUUUCAGGUUUUGAAAGCAUCGCAGUUGUUGAAUAUGGGAACGAAGAAGAAGAGAAAUAAUAAUGUGGUAGCUGGCAUGGAUCAAGAUGAACUAAUAAUGGAUCCAAAGCUCUUAGCUGAUGACGAUAGUUGCUUUUGUGACUUCAAUGGAGUUGAAAUUCACCACAAGAUACAACAUCCUUCUGCUGAUGAAUAUGAAUUAUUAUCUCAUCCUACUAUGAUUCUGUUGCAUGGUUUUGGAGCCUCAGUAUUGUCAUGGGAACAAGUGAUGAAACCUUUGGCUGAGGUUAGCGGUUCAAAAGUUAUUGCUUUUGAUAGGCCAGCCUUUGGCUUAACAUCAAGACCAAUUUCUACUUCUACUUCUUCUUCAGUAAAAGCUCUAAAUAAUUAUAAUCCAUACUCAAUGGCAUUCUCAGUUCUUGCAACCUUGUCCUUCCUUGAUUUAGUAAACACUGCUGGCAACGCUAUUUUAGUAGGGCAUUCAGCGGGUGCAGCAGUAGCAGUAAAUGCAUAUUUUGAGGCUCCUGAACGUGUUGCUGCUCUCAUCCUUGUUUCCCCAGCAAUACUUGCUCCUCUUAAAGCUGUUACUACACCCAACAUUAUUAUUAAACAAAAUCUACCAAUUCAACAUAACUACUCUAUAAGCAAAAUUCCAAAUUCUGUGCUUUAUAAGAUGUCCUCCAAGAUUGUCAAGUUCAUGGCACAUGCACUAACACCAAUCAUGAAGGAAAUCAUACGUUCGUCUAGGAAAUUCUUUUAUGCCAUCCUGCGUUCAUCCCUUGCUAUAAUGCUGGUGAGAGUGCUUGUUGAUAAGUUUGGUACUGCUGUAGUUCGAAAUUCAUGGUAUGACCCAAACCAGGUCACGGAGCAUGUCCUUAGUGCUUACAAAAAGCCAUUGAUGACUAAGGAUUGGGAUAGGGCACUGUUAGAAUACGUUGCAGCAUUGCUUCUGACCGAGGAGGAACCUAAAACAAAGCCUUCACUUAGGCAGCGGCUUAAUCAAAUAUCAUGCCCUGUGCUGAUUGUGACUGGUGACAGCGAUCCAUUAGUUCCAUCUUGGAAUGCAGAGAGACUUUCACGCAUCAUAGCAGGAUCAUCGCUUCAAGUAAUUAAGCAAUGCGGUCAUUUGCCGCAUGAAGAAAAGCCUCAUGAGUUUAUUUCAGUUGUUGAAAACUUCCUAAACACAAGAUUAUAAUUAGUGGUUGAUUCAAAUGAGCAGCAUGAAAUAUAUAUAGCUAGAUUCAGAUGAAGGAGUAGUGAUUUCAUGCUCUUAUUGUGAAAUUCUUAAUUGGAAGCUAUUGAAGCUCUGGAUGUGAAAGUCACAUAAACUAGAGAAAGAGAGAAUGUGGUCGAAAAAACUAACAAUUCUAGUUUUCACUUUCCAUUAAAUGACAUUGGAUGAAAAAUGGGUUAUAUACUCGGAACUUAUAACUAUCUAUAUUGUACUAAUAUGUGCUUAUUGCUUCUGCACUCACUUCUUGUAUGUGUAUUAGCUAUAUUACCUAUGUGACAUUUUCCUAAACGGUCAAAUCUAAAAAUAUUUGGCAACUUACAG